GCGUUUCUCCUGGCUCCGCCCCCUACCUGUGCCGCUUUCCGGCUCCUCCCUCCGUGCACGCUCCGGGUUCUCCGCAGCCGUAGGGGUGGGGCCAGAGCUCACCCAGGCCCCGCCCCGAGAGUUGAGCUAAACCCGGAAGCAGCCCAGGGAGCCGGGAGCAGCCGGGCGGAGGGACGUUCCGUGCAGGGAAGAAGUGUCGCGAGCAGCCAGGCUGGCGGUCUGUGACCAAACAAGGGGAAAAGCAGGUCUCUCCCAGACAGGAGUGAUCGUCCCACCUGUCUCCAAUGAAAUUAAGCAAGGUAGAAUGGCUUGUGUUUUUGUGUAUGGAACCCUUAAAAAAGGCCAGCCCAACUACCAGCACAUGAUAAAUGGUACCCAUGGGAGAACAAAAUUCCAAGGCAGGGGACGCACCGUGGAGAAAUACCCUUUGGUGAUUGCAGGAAAAUAUAACAUUCCUUUUUUGCUGAACAUCCCAGGAACUGGACACCAUGUUACUGGAGAGAUUUAUUCUGUUGAUGACCAGAUGCUGCAAUUCCUUGAUGAAUUUGAAGGUUGCCCAGACAUGUAUCAACGUACUCCAGCGAGAAUUGUAGUAGUAGAGUGGGAAGGUAAAAGCAGUGCACCUGAAGAGAGGCCAGCUGUUAACAGCAUUAUGGAAUGCUUUGUGUACAGCACAACUACCUACCAGCCAGAGUGGAUAAAUCUCCCUUACUAUGACAAUUAUGAUUCCUUAGGGAAUCAUGGUCUUCAUUAUGUGCUACGUGAAAGUAGAGAUUAAAAAUGGAAGGUAACACAAUGUAUUAAGAAAAUGCACUAAACACAUGUUGAUCACAAGCCUCUCUCAAGUAAAUCUAGAAUACUUUUAUUGAAGCACCUUUUGUAACCUUUCUAACCACAAAAGCAUUGAUUCUAAGGGCUGGUCCACACUAACCCCCCACUUGGAACUAAGAUACGCAACUUCAGCUACGUGAAUAAUGUAGCUGAAGUCAAAGUAUCUUAGUUCAAACUUACCACGGGUCCACACGCGGCAG